CCCUUCCAACAGGCGGUGGGGUUUCAGUCAGGGGGGACGCUGACAGGUGGACUGUCUGAGAGCCCCAUCUGAUCUGGAAAAAAGGGAUUUUCAGUGUCUUCCUCGGUCCGUAGAAAGAUCAUGGCUCCAACAAGAAACUGUCGGGAAUCUUUCUUGGUGCUUUUACUGCAAAUUGUGUUUAUUUGCUCCGCUCAGAGAGGCCCAGUCGGUCCCAGAGGCCCUCCAGGGCCACCCGGGAUAGCUGGAGUGCCUGGAGUGGACGGUAUUGAUGGUGACAGAGGAGAAGACUCUACAGUGACUGGUGCACCAGGACCUGAUGGAGAAAACGGCAAAGAUGGGGCUCCUGGAGCUCCAGGCAUCCCAGGGGCAGAUGGACCUGUGGGACCUCCUGGGGAUCCAGGCCUCGUGGGCCCAAAAGGCUUAAAAGGGGAAUCUGGAGCUCGCGGGCCUCUUGGAGAGCCUGGCGUAGGACCUGAUGGACUUGAUGGUAUUCCUGGUUCCGAUGGGCUACCAGGGGAACUGGGAAAAGUAGGACCCCCUGGAGCAAGAGGGAGAAGAGGUCAAGUUGGUCUUCCUGGUCCUCGUGGUCCAAGAGGGCCUCCGGCUGUCUAUGAAGGCAAAGACCUGUGUCCCAAUGCCUGCCCCUUAGGUAUUACUGGAUAUUCUGGCCUCCCAGGCAUGAAAGGUCACAAAGGGGUUAAAGGUGAAUCAGGUGAGCCGGGAAGACAAGGACACAAGGGAGAUGAGGGUGAACAGGGACUGGCUGGUGAAGUUGGAUCUCAAGGACUACCAGGCCCAGCUGGAUCAAGAGGCCUCCCGGGAAUAAUGGGCUCUAAAGGUGACAGGGGACCUCGUGGAAACCCGGGCGACAUAGGCCCUCGUGGAAUCCAGGGAGCUCCGGGGGAUCCAGGCCAGAGAGGACCCAUUGGUGAGAACGGCCCAAAGGGAGUGCUGGGGGACCGAGGUCCGCCAGGAAUCAGAGGAGUUCCUGGGCCAAAAGGAGACCCUGGCCUUCCUGGUCCAGAUGGUCGUGAAGGAAUUCCUGGACUGCCAGGGUCCAAGGGUCUUCCAGGAAAAAAUGGGGCUCCAGGUGAUGCUGGCCCACAGGGACUUCCUGGUUUGCCGGGAGCUUAUGGUCAAAAAGGACACGGAGCUGCAAAGGGUAACGCAGGUGAUCCAGGAGUUGCUGGUCUGAUGGGGUCUCCAGGGAAACAAGGUGAACGUGGUGAUCAAGGAGAGGUGGGACCCAUUGGGCCCAGAGGAGGACCAGGUGGACGAGGAGAAAGAGGACCCGAUGGGCCCCCGGGAUUAUCAGGAGCCAGGGGGAGCAAAGGAAAUCCAGGCCUACCCGGACUCCCUGGCCCUGCUGGUUUCCGUGGUCAGAAAGGAGACAGGGGUGCAGUCGGUCUUGAUGGUCCAAAGGGAGACCAGGGACUUCCAGGAGCUGAGGGAACAGCAGGAGAGAGAGGAGAUGUGGGUGAACCAGGAGAACCGGGAGAGAAAGGAUCGUCAGGCCCACCAGGAGAGACGGGAAAUAAAGGACCCGAGGGCAGCCGAGGACUGCCAGGUAAAGAGGGCAAGUUGGGUCAACCAGGACCCCGUGGCAUGCAGGGGGACAUGGGGGUGCCUGGCCUGCCGGGAAUACAGGGACCAGCGGGAAAAUCACCAACAGAUACACACAUCAAACAAGUCUGCAUGAGGGUAAUGCAAGAUCAGUUUGCCCAGCUAGCAGCUAGCUUGACCAGGCCUGAGUCAGGUAUUGGUGGGAUGCCUGGUCCUCCAGGCCCACCUGGACCUCCAGGCCCCACAGGAGAGAAUGGUUUCCCAGGUCACACCGGAUCAAGAGGUCUGCCUGGUCUGAAAGGGCCACCUGGACUGAUGGGAAUCAAAGGACCCAAGGGUGACCAGGGUGAUAAAGGGGACAGGGGACCCAUAACGAGAGGACCCAAAGGAGAACCAGGUGCACCUGGUUUACCAGGCAAUCCUGGUCGACCAGCUUAUGGCAGAGACGGUCGUGACGGAGAGAGGGGACCUCGUGGGGUUGCUGGUACAGCUGGUGUUCCUGGACCUCCUGGUCCUCCUGGUUUGAACAGUUACUGUGAGCCGUCGCAGUGCAUCCUUCCCGUGGUGGCAUCACCGGUUUCGGCAAAGGACUCCAGCAUGAAAGGUCCCACUGAGAUGUGAGGAGGGACCACAGCUGCAUUGGGCGGAAAACUGACAGAGUGGAGGAGAAACUAGAACUCUGUAGAAAAUGUGUCGAUUUGAGUUUUGACACUUGGUGUGUGUGUGUGUGAGUGUGUGUGUGUUGUUGUGUUUUUAAAUGUAGUCAGCUGAUUUGGAACUAGAUUUAUUUUUAAGCCAUCUUUGUGGUUAUAAAGUCAUAUUAGGGUGGACACUGAAAAACACCCAUCAGCUUUUGAAACUCCUUUAUAUGACAAAAAAAAUCAUUUUACCUCAACUUUGCCAUCUAAAAGGAGGGUUUAUUUUUGAGAAAUUAAAAGCUCCCUCUACAAACCUUCUAGCCCCUUCUCGAUUCAAACAACACGGCAAUAUUUUCUGUGUGUUUAUGUAAAUGUGUCAAUAUGCAAAUUAUACUGAUGAAAAACAUACAUUAGUUUGUGAGUAUCUUUGUUGGUUGUCCACUUAAAUCCCUACUUGUGCUUUUUGCUCUUAAUGUAGGAGAAUGUUUGAUAAUUUCUGUCUCUGUGUGGUUUUGAUUAGAGGUUGGCCAUGUUUGAAAACCUCUCUGGCAGUUUUAUAUGACUUCUUAUUUAUUAUAUCAAGGUUCGACGUGACAUCUUCAAGUUGUACAAAGGAGGGAAAUAAAAACAUUUUGAUAACCCCUGGAAUGUUUUGUAUGAACAAGUAAAUAAAAAUGAAGUGCACUUAAAACAAAACGUAAACUUGAAUCACUACGAUGAAAAACUCAAAGCUGUUUGUUACUUUAAAACACACCAAAUUCAGACAAAAGGAUUAAAAAGUAUCAGAAAGCCGAUCUCAUGAAGACGUGCUUAACCAUGCUUACUAAAAUGAGUGCUUUUACAGUGUCAUUAAAAUUGUCAUUGAUAUUGCAUCCUGUUUCCUCACUGUAAAUAAUUCAUUA